UGAAAAUGCAACUCCACCUGUUCCGGAACCUCAAUUCCGGCUGCUAGGACCCGGAAAAAAGUAGGUUUUUCAGAGUUGCGCUCCACAGGGUAACCAAGCUACACGCUUGAGUACCUCCGUCUAAUAUCGAUUUAAGUUCUGUUCGACUUCUUUGCUCUCCCUCCUGUUCGUUUGCGAUUGAAAUUUAAACGCAGAUCUGAAUGAGUCUUCGGAAUCGGGCUUCUUCGCGAAGCAAGUCGGUCCUAUCGCUGGUAGGUGGAUGACGAAAGCAAAAGCACUAUCACACUAUUAAGUGCAAGGAAAAAAAAACUGCAUGCCCUACAACAAGUACAACGGAGAGCAGCACCAGGCGGAAACAGAAUAAUAAAUGAUCGAGAUGAUCCAAGAUGAAAAAACCAAUCAAGUACUUACCUCGACGCCAUCGCUUUCGCUUCUUAGUCGACAGGAUCGAAAAAGUCGUCCAACAUUCGUAUAUGAAACUCGAAGUCGUGACGCGCUGCCCGAAAUUACUUUACUAUCAAUCUCGCGGCUCGUCCUCCGUCUAAGUAGUUGGCUCUCCAGAUGAAUGAGCGCGAGCCUUGAUUCGGGGCUAGUUAUUAUGUCCAUUUUCGUUUGUGUAGUCUAGUCUUCUCGCUUUUCGUUUUUCGGUUGAAUUGAAACCCAAAGUGGAAAACCGAAUCUGUAUUUCAUCACAAGCGCCCGCAAUUUGGAAGUACUCAGAAGCAAUUUAUUGGAGCUUGACAAAACGAGAUUGAGAUCGAUGGGUAUCUUCGCAAAUAUGUUCUCAGCGGUGGAUGGUGAACACCUCCAAGGGGAAACGCGUUCAUCUGGUUCAGCUUUGAUUGGUAGUUGGGUCCCAUCUCGUGUCACAACAUUCCAGGGCUGCACUCCUCCGAAACCUUCACCGGGCAUAACGCCGGCAAUUUUUGAUCUGCCAAGGGUCUCGUCACACUCUGGUGCGCAAGGUAGCACUAGCAGCCGGAGCAGUCAGCCGCUGUCGUCCUCGCGUUCUUCCUUCAUUUCGUUUCUCAACGAUGCGACCCAACCCGAAGGAACAAUCACGUCGAAGCCUGCGACAGCCAGCCGCGAGCAUGCGACGAGCGUCCUCUGUGACAAACCGCCGACGAUGAAGUUGUCGUGUUCUUCAUCUUCGUCAAGAACUACAUCGUCAGUCAUAAGGUCGUGUGGUGGUCCUCGCGUCUCGUCCUCAGCAAGGAGUUGCUUUCUAGACGCCAGUGCUGGAAAUAAAAAAACCACGACGAGCAGGAGCAGCUUUGAGGAACAGGGAAGCGACUCUGGAAAGGAUAAGGAUGUUGAGGAUCAUGAUGCAGGUCCUCACGGGAAGACGAAGACCGAGAAGGACGGUGACGAGGAGGCGAAGGGAAAAGAAGAUCUGAAGAAAGUCAUGGAAUUCAAUGUGUUCGACCAAAAUUGGUGGUUCGAAACGAUCAACUACGUCAUGGAGGUAGUACAGUUGUGAUUUUCACAAUCGUGAUUUGCUUUUUUUUAAGUCGUGAUGUUCUUAUUUUGAUAGCGUAUUUAUUAGAAAGAUGAAAAAGAUGAAACGACAUACCAAACAAAAAAUACGAAAUUAUGAUGCCCACACAGCAUAUAAACUUCAUCGUCUUCGGGUGCGGUAUGAUGGGUGGUGCUUACGAAAUGUACUGCCUGCAGCAGUACAAGAGGUUGCGACAGAAGAUGAUAAAUCUUCGAGCGAAGCUGGAUGCCGAGGAAGCUGCUGCUGCGCAACAAGGGAACCAACAGCGCGCGCAGGUGGCUUUGGCGUGACUGGGGAAUUUGUGCAACCUUGAUGUACGUGCGCACCAAAUUUAUUUCUUCGACGAUCUGCUCCUUCUUUUCGAUUACUCGCUCUACACAGCAGUCGUUCACAACGAAUCUCUAUUGCGCCGCCGUCGUAGUGUCGGCGACCGAGCGGCUCUUCGUAGAGAGCGGACUUCUGUAGAUACGUAAUGGGUAGAAGAACCGGAACUUUCUUCGUAGAGCGGUCCGCGUCCGCCGACUUUUUAUUUUCUGCAGCUACUACGUAGUUCCGCUUUGCCUUUAUCGUCGGGUCAUGACACUUUGCCUUUAUCGUCGGGUCAGAUGCUGUGGCCACAAGAACAUGCGCAGAGACAGACAGAGGGGAUUUGCCUGAGAGAGACCCGAUGUUGUAGUAAUCAAUUCUGUUUCGCCGAUGGAAAUGAACAACAGCAGAAUGGUAACAAUG